AUGCGCCUCCUCCCUCAAGUCCUCUUCCUAGCGAUUCUCCUAGCGAUUCUCCUCCCGCGCGGCGCGUCGUCCGCGCCGCCGCUGCCGCCGUGCCGCCCCGGCGCCCCUCCGGGCGCGCCGUCGUGCUACGCGCUCCUACAUCUCGAGCGAUCGCUCGACGCGAGCGCGCGACGCGUGCGCAAAGCCUACCGCGCCGCCGCGCUCCUCGUGCACCCGGACAAGUGCGCGAACUGCGACGACGCGACGCGUUUGGCGAACCAGAGACGAUUCGUCGACCUCGCGUUCGCGUACGAGACCCUACGCGACGACGCGAGCCGGUUCGACUACGAGCGCGGCGCGGGGCGAUGGGCGCCGGGGAAGGCCGACGCGAAUCCAACGCGCGACGACACCUUCGACCCGUCCUCGACCCGCGGGGGCGCGUGGGCGCGCUCGCGGUUCGACGAGGCCCGCGACCCGCUGCUGACGACGCGCGGAUGGGCCGCGCUCGCGGCGUGCGCGCUCGUCGUCGCCGCCGUUCGGGCCGUCGCGAGAGCGUGCGAUCGCGCGGCGCGGCGAUUCGCGCGGGAUCGCGCCGCGACGACGGGCGCGCGGAAGGGCGCCGCGCGGCGCCGACGCGAGCGGGUCGAAUCCGAAGCGCGCGCGCGCGAGGUCGCGACGACGACGGGAACGCAGCGGAGGGAGCACCGGCGGAGGGAGAUGAACGAGGCGGCGGCGGCGAUGGCAUCGAGGGUGGCGGCGGCGGCGCGCGACCUGAACGCGGCGACGGGCGGCGGCGUCGACGACGACGACGACGACGCGGUCCCCGAGCGUUUGCGGACGCUCGCGAGGCAGGGGUCCCUCGCGGCUCACCAGACAAUGAAGCUGCUGGCGCGGACGCGCGAGUUGUGGGGUUCGGGUAGUGUCGGACAUGGGGUGUCGGACACAAGUGUCAGACACGAUGUCAGCGACGCGGCCAACACGGACGGGAUGGCGGCGACGUUGACGCGCACGUUUCUCGCGCUCGCGUCGUCGCCGCCGCCGUGGGACUCGCUCGUCGUCGGCGACGAAGCGUUGCGGACGCGGCUCGCGGCGUGGGGGAAGGAGGCCGCGCGGUUGGGCAGGGAUUUCGUACCGAGUCCAUUCGCCCUCGGCUGUACCGGCUGGGACGACGGCACCGGCGACGGCGUCGACGACAUGCGACGACUGACGCGUUCGCUUCGCGCGUGGGAGCGGUCGUCGAAUCAGUUCGCGACGCUCGUCCGCGAGCUCGCGGCGCACGCGCGCUCGUGCGCGGCGACGCUGCGCGCCGCGGACGCGCGCGACCGAGCGCGAUGGAGCAAGGUCGAACGCGCGACGUUGAAGCGCGCGAUGACGACGCAUCCGAAAGGGACAGAACGGCGGUGGGAUCGCAUCGCGGAGGCGUUCGAGGGGCGGAGGUCCGUGGAGGAGGUGAAGCGGUACGUCGCGGAGAUGGUCGUGCUCGCGCGCGAUCGCGCGGGGGCGAGCGCGGAGGGCGAGUCGAGCGGGGCGCCACGCGCGUAG